GCAGUGACGGCUUUGUUCUUUGUCAUGUCAUCCGUCUCGCGCUCUGACAUUCAGCUCCUUCCUGCCACUGCCGGGGACUAUGAGGCCAUCAUGGAUAUCUCUGGUGGUAUCUACAAUGGAGUCGAUUACCUGCCGUUCAGGUACUACACGUGGUUGAACGACACUAAUAGGAGGAUGUUUGUCGCCAAAUCAGAGGGGAAAGUGGUGGGCUUUGAAUCUUUUUUACUGGUGGAUGGUGGCAUCACAGCCGUGUUGCAGGGUCUCCGUGUUGCCCCCUGGAUGCAAGGUCACGGAGUGGCAGGAAUACUUCAAAAAGGUUGCAUCGAUACCUUAAGAUCUGACCACCCCGAAGUCACCAGAGUUCGCCUGACUCGUGUAGAAGACCCUCCCGCUGCCAUGUUAAAUAAGUAUCGAAUUCUACAUUCCAAGGCUGUUGUUUCAGUUUGUAUUCCUCGCGCGCAGCUGGAAAAGGCCAUCAAAGAUCUGGAGUCAAGGGUUGACGGUGUGAUCGGAGAGCAAUCUAUUCCGCCUAAGGUGGUGAGGCAUUCUGAGGUCCACAGUUUAUUCAAAGAACACAUCAGAGAGGAGAAUCUUCUUCCAGGAGGCUUCCUCAUGCAAGCAUGGCUUCCAAUUACCACCCACAAGGCCAAUCUUGAUUUAAUGCAGCGCUGGGGAAUUCACUGGCUUUGCUCCUACCCAUGUGAUGUCACUAGCUCCUCGGCAUCCCGUGAUGUCAUGGGCAACGUCAAUAAUAGUGAAACAAAUAUACACAAUUUCCCUGCCUCCUCUGAUGCCCUUCCCUUGUCGCAGACCUUCUCGGGGUUCCUCAGCCUUGGAACCCCUCUAAUCCCGGUCCCCUUAGGCAACGAUCAACAUCGCUUAGACAUUGACUUGUUUGGAACUCACCCAUCUUAUGCCAAAAGUCACGUCCUGUUUCAUUUGAAGGAAGGCGUAAGGAAACUGCCCAAUGGGGGCAGCAUUGUCUGCAAUGUGUACGCCGAGGAGAACCUGCGCGAUGAGCUCACUGGCUUUUUUCAAGGGUUAACCCCCUUCUAUCUGUGCAGGGAACAACUAGUACUGGAGAUGGAAAUCUAACCUACUGUGUCUGUCUUUAGAGGCUUGAAAGGAGAGUCUUUGCAAUGAGGUCCCGGUGGAGGCAGAAGCUACCAAAGUGCUGAGUCUGCAGUUUAUAUAUGUGUGUGUGUGCGUGUGUGUGUGUGCGUGUUCUCAGCCCUUCCCCCACACUCUGAGGUUUUUUUUUGUUGCCAAACCCUGUGAUUGUUCUAGAUGUCUGAGACUAGAGGUCCAAAAGGUUCCUGGCUGUAUGUCCCUGCGUGUUAGUCCUAGAGGUGAAAGGCUGUGUGUCCUUGGGUGACUGAAGAAGGCGCGCCAGGCUUUGCAUUACAUAUUAAUGUUCCUCUGCCUGGACUCUGCCCUCAGUAAUAAAUGCCAUCAGAGUCUCAAUAUCUCUCUAACAUAGCUCUGUAUCUGUCUGUGUUCUAAUAAAUGUAUACCUCAGUA